AUGCUCAAACUUGACUUCAGCUAUUGCGUUGCGCAGAUCUCGCCGGAAGGCACGACCGAUCAAGAUUUCCUGGCCAUGGCCAUCCUCAACCACCUUCACAGGGGUUGUGAAGAGAACGCCUUCGACGUUGCGAAGAGACCACUGGAUGACAGCGAUGCCGAGGACCUUAAUCCCAGUGCCAUCGUACUGAACAAGACCCAUACGACUUUGAAGCUUCUCAGGCAAAUCUUCGACUCGUGUCUAGGGUAUCCCAAGUUUUGUGAUGACACUCAACUCAGCCGUAUUAUCGUCUGCGCCGUCGUCAAAGACUGCACUAGCACCUUUGAGCUUGUCCUCAUUGUGGCUGAUGGCAGUAAUGCUUUGGUUGCGCUGGAUUCUAUGGCCAUCGUCAAUCGUCUUCAAUAG